CGCCAUCGGGAUAGUGUCAGACGUCGCUCGGUCCGUCGCGAAAACCCUUAAUCUGAGUGAACUGGAAGUCGAUGUGCUUGCGAGUGUGAAGAGUGAAUAGUGUUAUGUGCUAUGAGUGUAUACCCGAUAAGGAAUAGUGAGCAGAGCGCCCUAGGAUAGCGAUUUGCCCGGUCGAAGAAGGUGUGAGUGUCCAGCGUGAUGGGCGCAGGCGACGGCGACGCGGCGGCGACGCCCACAUUGGCGGCGGCGGCGACGGCCUCGAGCACCGCCUCCCCCGCCCUCGCCGCCUCCUCCACGCUCGCGCCGCCCUCCGUGCUGGCCAGCUCCACCAUGCCGCCCGUGAACCCGCAGGAGCCGCUGCUCUUCCUGCAGACCACCGCCGCCCAGGCCAUCGCUGGGGCGUUCGUGUGGGCGGCGCUGCUCAUCACGUGCCACCAGAUCUACCAACACCUGCGAUACUACAGCAACCCAGCAGAACAGCGAUGGAUUGUGCGGAUAUUGCUGUUCGUUCCCAUCUACGCCUUCGACUCCUGGAUUUCCCUCCUCUUUUUCAACAAGGACAACUACUACAUCUAUUUUGACACAAUCAGGGACUGCUAUGAAGCAUUUGUGAUCUACAACUUCUUGAGUCUGUGCUACGAGUACCUUGGAGGAGAAGGCAACAUUAUGAGCGAGAUCAGAGGGAAGCCUAUUAGAUCGUCAUGCAUGUAUGGCACAUGCUGCUUGGCAGGGAAGACGUACACCAUUGGGUUCCUUCGCUUCUGCAAGCAGGCAACCCUGCAGUUCUGCUUUGUAAAGCCGGUCAUGGCCUUCAUAACCAUAAUUCUACAGUACUUUGGGAAGUACCAGGAUGGUGACUGGAGUCCUGAAGGCGGAUACCUGUACAUCACCAUCAUCUACAAUAUCUCAGUGUCGCUUGCCCUGUACAGCCACUUGCUCUUCUAUUUUGCCACGAGAGACCUCCUGCAGCCGUUUGAGCCUGUGCUCAAGUUCUUCACCAUCAAGUCCGUCAUCUUUGUCUCGUUUUGGCAAGGUGUAUUAUUAGCUAUCCUUGAAAAGGCUGAAGUUAUCAAAGGAAACCCUAACCUGAACACGGGCACAGUCUCUGCUGGAUACCAGAACUUCAUUAUCUGCGUAGAAAUGUUUUUCGCCUCCGUUGCCCUGCGCUACGCCUUCCCUUACCAAAUCUACGGAGAUUUCACCGUUACUGGCACGGGUCGCACAGUCACCAUGCAGAGCAUUUCGUCAUCUCUCAAGGAGACCAUGAAUCCCAAGGACAUUAUGACGGAUGCCAUCCACAAUUUCCACCCACAGUACCAGCAGUAUACCCAGUAUAGUGCAGGCGACACCGGCCGUCCAACUCAGGUGCUCACGCACAGCUAUGACAUGGAGGAGCUCCGUCCAGACCUUUUGCCUGUCUCCUCUUCCACCACCACCACCACCACUCUAGCCUCUGACACUCUCCCCACCAUCACCACCACCACCAAUGCCCCCAGUCAAGUUGGUGGAGGUGGUGGAGGCACGGUAGUCAACUCAGGCCAUGGUGUCAUCUCCACCGCAGUCCGAGCACAACAGACCCAGGACCUUGUGAGACUGCCCCCUCCGCCCUCCAAAGGAGGCACCACCAGAGGGUCGGGGCACACAGCGGUUAGCACCUAUGAUGCCGACGAAGUCCCGCAGUCCAAUGGAAGCAACGGAAUGGGGGGAAUGGGAGGAGGUGGCAUGGGCGGUGGGAACGGGGGAGGCCUUGGCGGAAGAGCCCAGAAUGGCGGCCGGAACGGCAAUGGAAGAGCAGCAUAUAACGAGAAGACAAUGCUCUUAAGCUCAGACGACGAGUUCCAGUGAGGCCGGGGACACCACAAAGGAUGUUGAGAAGAAACCUUCACUUCCGCUGCUGCCUUUGGGCCAAUGCCUUCGCCAGAGGAGCUCCCAGGGACGGGAUUCGUGGACGCCGGGAACUGCCACAUUUCUCGGCUUACUUUUGUCUUGUCUUGGCUCGACUUUUAUGCUGCUGCUGUCAUCUUUCUCCAAUUUUUCUUUCAAUUUUGUACAACCUCAUGUGUUUCCUGGUUCUGCGUAUCUAUCUAUCUCUCGCACUUUCUCUCUGCAUAGAAAUUUAUUUUAGUUAUGGCUUUGUCCAUUGUGAAAAGUAAAUUGGAGCCCCUUUUUUCCUUUUUUUUUCUGCUCAGACAUCAAGAAAAAACUUUACUUUAUUGGUGCUCCUCAUUUUUUUGUUUGUAUCUUAAAGGGUCAUAGCACAUAAAAUAAAAGAGUUCCUGUAUAUAUGGACAUUGGAAGCAAAAGUUCCUGGGGUUAUUUCAAGCCUGUUUUAAACCUUAAUUUGAUAUUUGCUGUACUUUCUUGUUUUUUUUCUUGUUAAGUUAUUCUGAGUUUUUAGUUUUCUCCUUUAUAUAUAUAUAUAUCUUUCUAAGUUUGUAAGACUCUACUAGCAGGUGCUAAACAGGUUUGAGAUGAGAUGUGGAAGGGAAGCUGUUCAUUUAUCCCCCCUUCUAGGGUUCAGAAGGGUAAAUGGAUGUUAUGGAUAAUUUCCUGGUUUUACCAUCCAUUGUUUACAAAUAUUAUUCAAACAUGUUUCGUAAAUGAAGUUGUGAUACAGAAAAUCUUAAAAAAAAAAAAAAGUUUUAUUUAAUUUCUUAAUUUCUUUGAUUUUUCCCCCCCAUAUCAAUAAGAAAGUUUUAUUUAGUUCAGUCAUUCACUUGAUACCCCCCCCCCCCCCAUUGUCAGAAAGAAACAAAGCUUUAUUCUUUUCAUUCCUUUGAUUUUCUUCCCCAUAUCAGAAUGCGACAUUCUACUUAUACAUAUAUCUGUAUACACCCAGGUAUGAUUGUUAUAUGUAUAAUCUUUUGUGAUAACAGAUUUACAACUGCUUGUCAUAUAUCAAGACAUGUUCAAAAUGUAUAAUGUAUUUGUAUGACGGGACUCUCUGUACAACAUUAUGAUCUUGGAGAAACAAGAGAUAAGAAAGUCACCUUGAGAUAAUACUCGGGUAUUUAUUGAUAAAGUGAAGGAAGGUCAUCUUAACUACUUACUCAUUUGUGUGUGUGUUUGCGUGUAUGUUGCAUCAGCUUUCUUUUCUUUAAGAGUUUUGAUGUUCAGUUCUCAGAUCAUCCAGUAGUGCAAAAAAGAAUCUUAUUGUUCAUCUGAAAAUUGUUUACAUCAAUGGUACAUGUAUCCGCUCUGAUGGGCGUUGCUUGCCAAGAGGAGAAAAUUCACUUUGUGUCCAAAAUACUCAACCACUGAGUUUGCUAGUUGGCUGAUAAGUGGCUAGAGGAUAUAAUUACAGGAAAUUGUAUCAUUAAUGCACAGAAGAUUCACAUUCCUUGUCUGGCAGUGUCCUAUCACGGGUUUUGAAUUUGACAUUCCUCCAAUCCUUGAACGUGAAUGUCCUUGUUGACUGGUGUAAAAUGAGUCAGUAAUGUAGAUAUUGCAGAACAUUGCAAAAGCAGGAGAGGAAAUGCAAGGAAAUUACUGCAGGUCAAAGCACAGUGAUAGACCUUCAAUGCUAUAGAACACAGAUAACAUUAAAGUAGUUAAGAUGGUCUUGCUUUUUGUAAGUGUUGACGGACAUUGCUUAAAAAAUUUAAAAAAAUAAACUAAAAACUAAGUAAAAAAAAAAAAAGUUUUUGGCUUCAAAAUUUAGCAAUUAUAAGAGAUGAAAGGAGAUGAUGGUGUAAUCGUCACGAUGAAUAGCAAUUGUCGUAGGAUUUUUUGUCUCAUGGAUUGUCGUUCAUUUCGGCGAACCAAGUGCUGUCCUUGCUGGAUUUUAAGAUUUUCUGGAGGAAGAUGUAGAUGAAUAUUUGACACUUCAAUUGUUGCCUAAAAGAUAACUCUUCAUAACCCUAUCUACAUGAUCUAAUAUCAUCAGUUUCCGCAGAAUAUGCAACAGUGUAUGAUAUUGCAUAUGCAUAAAGUUUUCUUAUUUUUUUCUGCAAUGAAAGAUAUUCUAUAGUUUUGUUGGUAAUGAUUUUCUAAUUUAUAUACUUUUGUAGUUGUCUUGUCAGGAAUCUAAAUCAGUUCCUUAAGGAUUCAGGGUGCGUUUGAUAACAUUAAUUGCUUCUCUUUUUUUAUUAUGGAAAUUUGCAUAUAUACAUACAUGCACUAACACAAACAUUUGUGAUUAUUCAAACUAUUUUUAAUUAGUGUUACACACACUACAAAAUAACACACACACCUACAUGCACACACAAGCAUAAGCAAAUGUGCACACAUACACAAGUGCAUGCGAAUGCACAUGCGUGCAUACGUGCAUGCACACACACACGCCUACACACAUGCACACACAUACAUGCGCACACACACGCAUGCACGCACACACACGCACACACACACACACACACACACACACACACACACACACACACACACACACACACACACACACACACACACACACACACACACACACACACACAAAAUUACCUACAUAUGUAUACACGUCACACACACACAUGUCACGCAUACAUAAACACUUAUGCAUACAUACAUCUAAAUGUAAAUGACAUGUAUAUAUUUCUUCUUACUUUCCCCCAAGAAAUUGCUAUUAAUGUUAAAUUACUCACCAUUAUGUUGGGAGUCUUUCCACAAAUAUACAAGAUGUUAAGAUAAGAUAUAACAAUCUAUAAUGGCUGUCCAGAACAUAUUCUGAUAAAUGUUGUAUGUAGUGUAUGAAUUAUGUUGUACUUAAAGAACAGAAAAAAAUAUAUAUAUGAAUAAAAAUUGAUGAAACUGAAAUAAUUUAUUCAGUAAACUUGCAUGAGAGUUGUUUGGCAAGGUACAAGACUAUGUAAUACAAGAUGUUUUGUUGUGGCUAUAGUUUCAUGUAGGUAACAUAUGGAUCUUGUAGAGCUUACUAAUCCACACGUCAGAAGUGGCCUUGGACAGUAAGUAAACAAGCUAAUUUCUGAUUAUCAAAAUUUGGAGCUUUUUGCAACUCAUUUCAUUGCUGAAAAAAAAAAAAAAAAUAAUAAUAAUAAUGAUAAUAGAUUUUAUAUAUAUAAGUAUAUAUAUAAACACAUUUUUUGUGUGGUUCUUACUAGGCUUGAGUCCUGAUUUUCAUAUCAUUUGUGAGAGUCUUGGAGGAUGUUUUCAGGACAGAGUAAACGACAGCCUUUCAUAUCAUCCACCGUAUCCGGAGGCUCUCGUCUGCUGGUGCGUAGUUCUUGGCCAUUGCUGAAGUUCCGUUUCUUUUGAUAUGUCACAAAGUAUCCUUCCAUGUAACUUUCUCAGUGGAACUGUUGUGUUAUUUUUUAUAGUUGAGAAUAAUAAUGAUAGUAAACCAAAAGAGUUGCCGAGUGACCCACACAUGAUUGAAGGGAUGUUCUCCUGCGACUUACCAUGCCAGUGAUCUAACUAUAAGGAGUAGCAGCCGUACGAUGUUCCAAGCCAUACUUUCGCUCAGCAAUCGUAAAGGAAAUUUGCCCAAAACCAAAGAAUUUAUUUGUACCAUUCCAUUUUAGAUAUCUGACAAUUUAUGAAAAUGGCAACUUUUUUCUUAAGGCAAAUUAUAAUGCACAAGUUGAACAAUUUUUUUUUUUGUUUUUUGUUUGUGCCAACUCUUGUUUUGCUGACGUACUUAUUAAAGGAGGGAUCUUGUUUGUGUAGGCUAGGCCUCUGAUUAUAUUUUCAUAUAGCAUUGAUGUGCUGGUAAUCAUGUUUCAUAAUCUAUAGGUGUGAAAUGAAUUAAUGAUUAUUUUUCUUAGUCACUAGAUAAAUAGAAUUUAGCGUAAUAACAAAUUAUUUGGAUCAGAAUAUAUUGGAAUUUGUGUAUGAAUGUUUCUACUGAAGUGUGACUGAAAUUUCAUGUAGCUCUAUGAGGUGCACCCACAGAAUGCGCAGUAUGUGGGUCAAACAAGCAGUAAGGGCCAGAACACGUAGCUUUUGUAUCUUCUUAGUUGUUGAUUUUCCGACAGCAUAUGUAGCACACCAAAUGCAAAUAGGAAGUGUGAUGGAAUAUAAUUAUAUUUUUUAGCCAGAAAAUAUGUAAGGGACGAAUAAAACUUAAUUGUUUACGGGUUUUAUCCUUCCCAAAUUUUGCAAUAUUUUACCAGUAAGCUUUGAUAAGAGAACUAUUUUCUUUCCUUUUGGUCUUCUCUUUGACUGAUGAAAUAUAUUACUUACCAAGGGUCACCAUUGUCCAAGAUUAUGUUAUAUGUUUUUUAUUUUAUUUUCUUUUUCUUUUUCCUCUUUGUAAAUAGAGAAUAAAUUUAUUUUCUCAGCCGGAAAUGAAAGGAUAAUCUUGUACCAAUAUGCACAUUCAGAUUUGUUUUCUUCCUCAGAUACAUAGAGCUUAUAAUGUACUAAAGAAGAGGAUGCUUCUGAUAUAUAGUAACAAAGCAACCACUUCCCUGUUCUGUAAAUAUGAUUGUAUUCUUUACGUGGAGCAAGACAGAUAGGCAGAAUGAACAGGUUUCCAAGGACAGUAGAACACCAUUAUACUAUAGGUAUAAUAAGCAGGUUUGGCUCCGUCUCCAAAGUGGCUGAGUAGUUAUUUAGUUAUCCCCUAUCAUAUGCUGAUCUUUCUCUGUGGAUACACUUGUUAUGGCUCAUAAUUUGAACACAGCAUUGACCUCACAAAGUUAGAUGUACAAGGGUGCAGUGUGCAGGGAGAAGGUGCAGUGUGCAGGGAGAAUUUUUGAUAGGCUUAUAGGCUGAUGAUGAUAUGUAGGAAUGUGUAUAUUCAUUCAAGAAUUUCUUUUCGUCUGGUAGAUAUUUCAAAAUGAAAAUUUGCUUUAUUUGAUCACAUCAUCUAUUUUUACAGCUGUAUUUUUAAGCUGUAUGUCAACCCUGCGUGUAUCUCUUGUCUUGCGAUUACUACUUGUUUCAUAUUUAUUGAAGUGUGGAUUUUUCUUUUUCUCUCUUCUGUCCUGCUUCUUUUUUUCAUUUCUGUGUUUAUGGUUUCUGCUUCCUGUAUUCUGUGAUGAUUUUAUAUAUAUGUAUUCUCUUUUUUGUCCUUUCUGAUGCUUCUUUCUUUAAUUUGAACAUAUUGUUUUUUAAGUGUCCUAUUUUCCUUUAUAUGUUUGCCGGUGUAAAAUAUUUCUUUCUUAUUUUGUCUCCAGCAAGAACUAUUGUUUGCUUUCAAAUUUGCAAAAAGAAACUAAUAAAGAUUAUCAAUUACUUUUUAUCAAGUGUAUCACCUCACCGCAAGGUUUAUAUAUGCUUUGAAGAAUAGCACAUUGACUUGCCAUAUUAUUUUUUGAGUACUUCAUACAGAACAAAUAAACAGCAAGUCUUGUAUAGGAACAUUCUUGUGUAUUCCUGUGAUUAUUCUCAAUCUAUCCAUUGUGAUUAUGUGUUUUAAUUGUCACCAUUGUAAUCCUGAUAUGUUGUAAAAGAGCGUUAUGUGUAGCAUGUAGCCCAUAGACAUAUAUAUAUAUAUAUAAUAUAUGAGGUAUGAAAUCAUUGGAGUGGCUUC